AUAGGCAACAGUGAGAAUGUAUGCACUGGACUAUGGUGUAAAACACUUGACAUGACCUCUACACGCUGUAUAUUAGGCUUACCUGCAGAGGGGACAACGUGUGGAUCUAACAAAUGGUGUAUUGGAAGCAGCUGUGUAUUCGAUUCCAGAGCUCCGAGUCGAAGACGAGCUGAUUGUGUGUUUGGUGAUAGUCCAGGCUUGGUAUUAAGAGGGAAAACGUGUACCAAUCUACUGAGAAUUGAGCCUUUCCAAUGUUAUAGUGAUUCGAUCAAGAAAAAUUGUUGUGUAAGCUGUGAAAAGGUUAAAACUGGUAUUCCUAAUUGUGAUUACGGCGACAAGAGUACAGACUGUCAGAGAGCCAAAUCACUUGGACAAUGUUCUAGAUUCAGGAGUGUAUGCUGUCAGACUUGUAGAAAUUCUUAA